AUGUCAUCCAUCCAGACCACUAACUUGCACACCAUCACUACAGUUCCUCUCUCGCAGAUCAGAAGACCCAUCCUGCCCGUAUUGGACCACAACAAGAUCAAAGCCAUGGUCUCCACGGCAGAGGGCACCCCCAUGGCCAGUGCCACUUGUACCCUGGAGCAAGCACAGCAGCUAAAGGGCCAACUGCCCGCCAUCGACGUCCUCUACCUCAAGGAACAGGACCACACCUACUUCUUCGCCUUUGGAGGGUGUCAUCGCUUACAAGCAUACGAUGCCCUGGCCAAACAGCACCACAACAGCGACUACCCUGUGCCCUGCAAGCUGCUCCCAGCCACCCGUAACCAGCUCAGACUCUACUUGGGCUCUGCUAUCGACACCUAA